UCCACUUUCGGAGCCCCCAAGGUUCCUCAACCCAGAGCGGGAGCGUCCAACACAAGGUGGUGCUGUUUCAGCCUCCAAGCGCACAAGCUCCCCAGGAAAACGUGGAAGUUCUCUUUUAUUUUCAAAGGUAUUGAAGGUGGUCAUGUACUCUGGAUGAGAAAGAAAUAAACACGCCAACGGGUGGACUUGCAUUGAUCCGCGCACAUCCUGCCCAAGCCAGCACAAACGCACCCAAAGAUGAUAUCAUCUCUAAUUUAGGUUUAAGGAGUGCAUUUUGCCUGGAGCAUUUGAAGGAGGCACCGCCCAUGCAGGUCCGUGGAGAGACUGCGGGCUCAGUCGUGCGUUUGUAUGUGUAUGUGUUUACAAACAUUUCUCCUUCUGAGCGCGUCCUGUGGGACAGGAGAACAAACGGAGACCUAGACGCGGUGAUCAAACAGUGCCUGGAAAUGAGAGGUCGUCCCACCGGGCGAAUUAAUCAGUAACUCGCCGAGGGAGGGCUCUCAGCCCGAAGAACGACUUCUGGCUACAUCUCCGAGAGAACCGGCUCGCUUCUGGUGCGCAGAGGGAAUUGUCGCCAGUUUGCUUCAGGGUCUGAAUGAUUGUUUCCAGUUUGAAAACACUGUCUCGCAUUCACCCGCUGCUGAAGUUGUUCUGAGAUGCCAGUGGAGUCAUUGUAUGCAGAGAUGGACUUUGACGUUUCUCCCAUCGCUAAGUUGAAUGGCAUUGAAAGGAUGGCGAAUGAGGACAGCAGCUUCAGCUCCAUGUCGAGGAACUCCUAUUCGGAUGACGAGUUCAUGAGUUACCUGUCUCGCGAGGAGCAAGAGUGUAUUUUGUUCUUCGAGAAUACACUUGACUCUCUGAAUGAUGAUUUUGAGGACUACAGCUCAAACUCCAGCCCAAGAGUCAAGGAUCCUACCACACUGCAAAGAAGUUACUCAGAAAAUGAGGAAAUCAUUGACUUAGUGGCCACCAAAUCUCAGCCGGUGGAAUUCAUCCCUAAAUAUGACAAUGUGUUUCCAGUUGAUGAAGAUGAAGUCCAGGUGAACCAAGAGAAGCCUGUGGUGAAGGAGCCGAACACCCUUUCUCCCUUGCAGUUAACAAAGCAAACGUGCUUUGAGAGGAAUUCUCCCGAACCUGCGCUAGAGCCCGCACAAGCGUACUGCAGUCAUAUGAAGCCACCGGGGUCAGUGCCAACCCCGAUGGUCAUCGCGCAGAAGAUUGCCGAGAAGAGUGUGGGAAAUGGGAUCCCGUGGCCCACGCCUCAGACCGAGAGGAAGCCGUUGACCCAGGAGAAGGAGCGAGCAAGUACAAGCUCGUUCACUGAAGGUCAGGCGCUCCCGUACAAAAACAUCAAAGUCCAGAGGUUCCCAUCCAACAUUAGCAUCUCUGUGCCGAACAAGGAGUACAACAACACCAUCUCUAAGGCGGCGGUCAAAGUGCAAGAACGCAAAGCUCAAGUGCUGGCAAACCUUGGCGGCACCAGCCUUCUUGCCGCAGAGUCAGAACCAAGUCAUCUUCGGGGCUUAGUCAACAGCCCCAGAAGGAGCAGGUCUCUGAAGCAUCCCAUGUCCAAUGAACCGGCGGCGCCAAAGCUGGGCUCAGUCAACGAAUCGCCGGACGAAGUCGAUUCGGGGCUGCUGAAUGGCCACAGACCAAAGGUCAGGGGCUCUGGCUCGAGCCAGUCCGUGAAGGCCCCUGCUAUGUCCAAAGGCGCUCACCCGGCCGGCCUCACCGUGAAAUCUGCCUCCCUGCCACCCGGAACCACGGACUCACCCGACUCUCCAGUGGUGCGCAGAGCAAGCUCUUUCCAGCAGCCAUCGGGACUCCGGGCACCAGGGAUUACUGUCCAGUUCUCAGGCCGCAGUUCCAAUGAUGAAUCCCGUAGAGAAGCACUGCGCAAAUUGGGUAUUUUGAGGAUUAGCAAGGAUCAAUGACACCCUGACUGAUCUUUUCUGGGAAUAUUUAUAAUGCUUUUUUUUUAAAAAACAAAAGUAAAAUAAAUUAAUUCAGGAAUAAGGAUGCAGGCUCUUUCUACGCUGCCUCUGGAUUGAACCAAAAGGAUUUCCACAGAAAAUUGUUGGGAUGUGAAUUUGCAUUCAAUUGCCUGGGAAUGCGAGAUGGGCAAGGCACUGUUUAGCCAGAUAUGUGUGUCCAGAAAAAAAAGGUACCUGCGUGAUCAACAUCCAUCAGAUAUUCUCAAGAAUCCCAGCAAUGAGCCCACAGGAAACAAAUUAACCCAGUGAAACAUAUGAAGCCUCGCUUUUCUCCGGAGUGCUGGAUGCUGAGGGGAGAUCUAAGUUUAUAAGAUUAUGAGAGACAUAGAGUUGACAAUAUAUUUUUCCAAGGACUGUAAUGCCUCAUACUAAAGGACAUGCAUUUAAGGUGAAAGGGGGUAAUUUCAGAAGAAAUGUGAGUGGCAAGGUUUUGACACUGAGCGUGGUAGGUACUUGGAAUAUACUGCCUGGGGGCAAUGGUAGAGGCAGAAACAUCAGAGUAUUUUAAAAGAUGUUUAGAUAAAUGUGAGGCAAAUGGAAGGAUAUAGACAAUGUGUAGGCAGAAGGGAUUGGUUAAGUUAGACAGUAACUUACUAAUUUAAUUGUUUUGGCACAACCUUGUGGGCUGAAGGGCCUGUUCCUGUGCUGUACUGAUCUCUGUUCUAGGCUCUCACCCUAGCUAGGCGAUGUUCAUUCCUUUAGUUUGGACUAUACAGCAUGUCGAGUUGGGUAACGUUGGGACUCCUGGGAAUCUGACUCUGAGAAAGGCUUUCUCAAACCUUUUCAUAAAAUUGUGAUGAUAGGUUGAGUGAGCAAGUGGAGGAUGAGAGGUGACUUCCAUGCCUCCAUCAAGAUAAUAAGAGGCAUAGAUUGAGCAAACAGCCAGAGACAUUUUCCCAGGACAGAAAUGGCUAAUACAAGAGGACAUACUUCUAAGGUAUAGGGAGGUUGUCAGAGGUAAGCUUGUUUACACAGAGUGGUGGGUGCACAGGACACCCUACCAGGUGUGGUGGUAAAGGCGGAUACAUCAGGUGCAUUUAAAAGACUCGUAGAUAGGCACUUGGAUGAUAGAAAAAUGGAGGGCUUUGUAGGAGGGAAAGGCUGUUUAAAGACAGUGUAAUACUUGGAAUUUACUUGCCCGAGUUAUCAUCACAGCCAUCGUCUUGAUGUACCUCAGAGAGCUGAGAAUCCAAAAUGAUAUCUGGUCAUAUACUGUACUUCCAGCCUUGGCUUGCAUAUGAUGGUUACAGUCUGCAAACUGUUGAUAAAUCUGCUUAUGCCAUAUUUUAUUUAGAGAUACAGCACAUUAACAGGCUCUUCCAGCCCAGUGAGCCCUCAACGCCCAAUUACACGCUUGUGACCGAUUAACCUACUAACCCGCACAUCUUUGAAAAGUGGGAGGAAACUAGAACACCUAGAGGAAAGCCAUGUGGUCAUGAGGAGAACGUACAAACUUGUACAGACAGCGGUGGGAAUUGAACCCGGGUUGCUGUAAUAGCAUUACACUAAGUGUACACUACGAUGCUAGCCUGAUCGUUCACCAGCUGGCCGUGUCAAAGGGUGUGUGGGCAUCUGAUCCAGGGAGUUUGCAUCUGCACACUACAUGCACAAACUUUGAAUGCUGAUAUCGGGACACCGUGCCCCUGCACCCAAAAAGGCCAAGUCUACAAUAGUUUUUGGGUGUGGCUGCAGGCGAAGAAUGGUUAAGAGUCUGGCAAACAAGUCACUAACACUUCAACUGCACAUGCUUUAUCAAUUCAGACAAAUAGAGUGAUUAAUAAGCUGCUCAUUUUACACAAGAUAUUGACGGGUGCCUCUGUCAAGUCUUCAGAAAUGUUUAUUGUAAUAUUGUCCUUAAUGAGACAUUCAUGGACACUUUGCCUCAUAUUGAGUAAUCUUUUAAGGGUUAUAAUUACACGAAGGAGGAUAUGAUUCUCAAAGCGGUAAUAUGAGAACUUAAGUUUAUGAGCAAGAUGUUUCGAUGUUAAGGGAAGGUCCAUUCUGUUGAUGAAAAUGCAGUGCUUGCCAACAAUUUCUGUAAUGUUUUAAAACCAGUUAAAACUGGCCCAGAGUGGGCUCUUGGUCCUGAGUCUGUAAUUCUAAUGAGUUCAGUUGCAGAUGAAGUGUAUUUAAUUAAGUAUUUUUAUAUAACUUGCAAAUUAACAUUGUAAAGGGCUCCACAUCUCUGUUACUGUGCUCCUUCCUUAUAAAUCCUUUUGCUGUCAAACUCAUUUUUGGAAGUCCUGUUUUUCUGUCUGGUGAACUGAACUGAAUUUCCGAUGCAGGUUCAUUCGUCGCGUACAGUGAAACGUCAUUCGUGUUAACAGCGCAAGGGUGUGCUGGGGGCCGCCCGCAAGUGUCGCCACACAUUCCGACACCAGCACAGCAUGCCGCGAUACUCCACCGAACAACACCAGCAACGAGAUAGCAGCCCCUUUCUCACCCUCCCUCCCAUGUUUUAUUUCUAAAAUAAUUUCUCAUCUUUUUGCAGACCAACAUUCUUACCAUACUAACGUAACUGAUUUCUUUGGAAAUUCGGGUGUGUCUUUUGCCUACAUAGCUGAUUAUAAUCCUUCUAAACCCCAUUCCUGCCUUCUCCCUGUAACCUUUUGAUGUCCUUGCUAAUCAGGAACUUUCAGCUUCUGCUUUAAAUAUACCAAAUGACUUGAUCUGUGGCUAAAGAAAUUCCUCCUCAUCUCUGAUCUAAAGGGGUGCUCUUCUAUUCUGAGGCUUCGCCACCUGGUACUGGACUUGUCCCGAUGGGGAAACAUCCUCUCCACCUCCAUUCCAUCCAGGCCUUUCAAUAUUCCAUAGGUUUUGAUGAGAUUUUCCCCCCCACCCCACCAUUUUUCUAAACUCCAGUGAGUACAGGACCAGAGCCAUCAAAGAUUCCUUGCACAUGAACCCUUUCAGUCCCAUGAUCAUUCUAGUGAACCAUA